GAACCCCCGCGCCCCCGUCCUCCCCCGGUGGCCUCGCCGCGGCCCGGCCGGUAGCUCGGCGCCGGCGGCUGCCGAGGCCGGAGCGGAGGGCCGGGGAGCGUGGGAGCGGGAUCGCGGGCGCACAGCCCGUUACGCGUCCGGCCGGCCGGAGAACCGCCUCCCAGCAGCGCGUCGCGGGGACAACGGGCUGGGCUUCCGGGGAGAGGGCCCGCACCAUCUCCUCGCCCGCGCCGGCCUUCUCCAUUUUCCCGGGCCCUGCUGUGGAGCUUUUUGGCGGAUAUUUUUGAAUGAAUGAAUGUCACCGGGGCUCUUUCUAGCCCCCCACUCCGCCAGCCAAUCUGGGGGUGGCGUGGCCUAGUGAGAGGAACGCUAAGUUGUUGGGAGACCUGGGUGUUUUCCCCCAAGACUCUGAAAGAGGACAGCAUUCCUAAUGUCCCAGUUUAAGCGCCAGCGGAUCAACCCGCUUCCAGGGGGACGCAACUUCUCAGGCGCAGCUUCAACAUCUCUUCUGGGCCCUCCUCCUGGUUUGCUCACUCCUCCUGUGGCCACAGACCUGUCCCCAAAUGCCAGGCACCUUCAGGGUGGGGAGAAACAGCGGGUCUUCACUGGCAUUGUCACCAGCUUGCAUGACUACUUUGGGGUGGUGGAUGAAGAGGUCUUUUUUCAGCUAAGUGUGGUGAAGGGCCGGCUGCCCCAGCUGGGUGAGAAGGUGCUGGUGAAGGCUGCAUACAACCCAGGUCAAGCAGUGCCCUGGAAUGCUGUCAAGGUGCAGACGCUCUCCAACCAGCCCCUACUGAAGUCCCCAGCACCUCCCCUUCUGCAUGUGGCAGCCCUGGGCCAGAAGCAAGGGAUCCUGGGAGCUCAGCCUCAGCUGAUCUUUCAGCCUCACCGGAUUCCCCCGCUCUUUCCUCAGAAGCCUCUGAGUCUCUUCCAAACAUCCCACACACUUCAUCUGAGCCACCUGAACAGAUUUCCUGCUCGGGGCCCUCAUGGACGAUUGGAUCAGGGCCGAAGUGAUGACUAUGACUCCAAGAAACGCAAACAGCGGGCUGGUGGGGAGCCUUGGGGUGCUAAGAAACCAAGGCAUGACCUGCCUCCUUACCGGGUCCAUCUCACACCCUAUACUGUGGACAGCCCCAUCUGUGACUUCCUAGAACUCCAGCGCCGUUACCGCAGCCUCCUGGUCCCCUCGGAUUUUCUGUCCGUGCAUCUGAACUGGUUGUCAGCUUUCCCCCUGAGCCAGCCCUUUUCCCUCCAUCAUCCGAGCCGGAUCCAGGUCUCUUCUGAGAAGGAGGCAGCUCCAGACACAGGUGCUGAGCCCAUGCCUGCAGACAGUGACCCCGCUUACAGUUCCAAGGUACUGCUGCUUUCUUCCCCGGGACUGGAAGAAUUGUACCGUUGUUGCAUGCUCUUUGUGGAUGACAUGGCUGAGCCAAGGGAGACGCCAGAACACCCUCUGAAGCAGAUGAAGUUUCUGCUGGGCCGGAAAGAAGAGGAGGCUGUGCUGGUUGGGGGCGAGUGGUCGCCUUCCCUGGAUGGCCUUGACCCCAAGGCCGACCCGCAGGUGCUGGUGCGCACUGCCAUCCGCUGUGCGCAGGCGCAGACUGGCAUUGACUUGAGCACCUGCACGAAAUGGUGGCGCUUUGCCGAGUUCCAGUACCUGCAGCCGGGACCUCCUCGGCGGCUGCAGACAGUGGUGGUGUACCUGCCGGAUGUCUGGACCAUCAUGCCUACUUUGGAAGAGUGGGAGGCCCUGUGCCAGCAGAAGGCUGCAGAGGCAGCUCCCCCACCCCAGGAGGCACCAGGGGAAACAGAGCCUACUGAGCAGGCAUCUGAUGCAACGGAGCAAGCAGCAGACACUUCUAAACAGAAUGCAGAGACUCUGGAGGCUGCCACACAGCAGGAAAUGGACACUGAUCUCCCAGAGGCCCCUCCACCUCCUCUGGAACCUGCUGUCAUUGCACGUCCUGGCUGUGUAAACCUGUCCCUCCAUGGGAUUGUGGAGGAUCGGAGGCCAAAAGAAAGGGUCUCUUUUGAGGUGAUGGUGUUGGCUGAGCUGUUUCUGGAGAUGCUGCAGAGGGAUUUUGGCUAUAGGAUUUAUAAGAUGCUGCUGAGCCUUCCUGAAAAGGUCGUGUCCCCACCUGAACCUGAGAAGGACGAGGUGGCCAAGGAGGAAGUGGUCAAGGAGGAAGAAACUGUCAAAGAGGAGGCGGCCAAGGAGUCUAAGGACGAGGUACAGAACGAGGGCGCAGCUGCAGAGGCAGAUGCCCCACUGAAGGAGGAUGGGCUUUUGCUGAAACCCCCCACUUCUGUGGGAGAGGAUGAAGAGAAGCCCCGGGGCGAGGUGGCAGAGGACCUGUGUGAGAUGGCUCUGGACCCGGAGCUGCUGCUCCUGAGGGACGACGGGGAGGAAGAGUUCGCAGGAGCAAAGCUGGAGGAUUCGGAGGUCCGGUCCGUUGCUUCAAACCAGUCAGAGAUGGAAUUCUCUUCACUUCAGGACAUGCCCAAGGAGCUGGAUCCCUCUGCUGUGCUCCCCUUGGACUGUCUUCUUGCAUUUGUGUUCUUUGAUGCCAACUGGUGUGGCUACUUGCACCGGCGAGACUUGGAGAGGAUCCUCCUCACCCUUGGGCUCCGGCUCAGUGCGGAGCAGGCCAAGCAGCUGGUCAGCAGGGUGGUGACCCAGAACAUUUGCCAGUACCGGAGCCUUCAGUACAGCCGCCCAGAGGGUGUAGACAGUGGGCUCCCUGAGGAGGUGCUCUUUGGAAACCUGGACCUGCUGCCUCCUCCUGGCAAGAAUGCAAAGCCAGGUGCUGCCCCCAUGGAACAUAAGGGCCUCGUGCCCCACAAUGGUAGCCUGAUCAAUGUGGGGAGCCUGCUGCAGCGUGCCGAGCAGCAGGACAGUGGCCGGCUCUACCUGGAGAACAAGAUUCACACACUGGAACUGAAGCUGGAGGAGAGCCAUAACCGGUUCUCAGCCACUGAAAUGACAAACAAGACACUGGCCGCAGAGACGCAGGAGCUGCGAGCCCGGCUGGUUGAGGCCGAGGAGACGGCGCGGACAGCGGAACGACAGAAGAACCAGCUUCAGCGGCUGCUGCAGGAGUUCCGGAGGCGCCUGACUCCGCUGCAGCUUGAGGUGCAGAGGAUGGUGGAAAAGGCCGACAGCUGGGUAGAGAAGGAGGAGCCUGCACCCAGCAACUGAGGGGCCUCGCGAGGAGCUGCCAUCCUGGGAGGUCAGCGAUGGCGUCUGAUGAAGUUUGAGCCCUUUGGUACCAGAAAGCAGCUGGAGCAGGACCUGGGAGCCCUGGGCAGGGGUGGCUGACCCCUGCGCUCAGCCUCUGCAGGCCAUGUCGAGCCGUCAGGGUGGGGGUCUAUGCACCAUGGACUGAUGUGUGAGGAACCCUGGUUCCUGUUACAAGUAAAUCCAACAUCUUUCACACCCCUAGAAUGUCAAUUUCGCCCUCAACCUUGGAAUUUCUCCUGGGGCCCUUUUAGUCUUGUGCUGACUUUCUCCUGUCCUCCUCCAGUUUAGAAUAAGACGGGAGGAAAAGGCUUUUUGAGUCUGUGACAAGAUCUGAUGCCAAUAAACAGAAGAAACAGACAUGGAGUCUGGCUGGGGCUAAGAACCCCUUCCCCAGGAAGGCACAAAUCCUGCUCGGUUUCAGGCGUAGACUCCUGGGGAAAGGGUCUCCCUUGGCCAUCACAGGAAUGGAGUCUGUGCUAGAAAGUCCUCAGAGUUGGGCUGUGUUUGCCAAUAGAACGCUGUGUUCCAGCCAUCCCAGACUAGCCAGAAGAAACCAGCACCUUUCCCCCAGCUCCUGUGUUCAGAAUGUGGUAUUGGCUCUGGCCCAGCCUUUUCCCUGUUACCCAUAAUUCUCACCUCUUUCCAUAAUCCGUGGUUGUUUGACUUUGUAUUAAAAGUUGGUUUUUUUUUUUUUUUUUUUUUUGGCUUUUUGUUUUUUAAAUAAACCAAAGUCAAAAACAAA